AGAAAAAUCUGUGAUAGUACUAAAAAACUAUUAGGAGUAGUUAUCGAUUUGUUGAAUGGAUCAUUGGUUGAGUUUCCCAUAUGAUUUUCAAGUCAUUACUCCCCAUUUACUCCCUCCGUCCUACUAUCUUUGUCCACUUCUUUAAUCCAUUUGAUUCUUCCCUCGGUUUCCAUUUGAUUUCUCCGUCUCCAAGCAUCAAUACCAACGCCAAAACCCAGAAACUUUAUGGGGCCUGUAAACUUCAAUAAGGGCUAUGGCGUAAUAGAAGAUCCGGCGGGGGAUCAGCUCCCUCUCACGCCGCGCAGAUCCGCUCGGAAACGCCGCCUAGCCGCUGCCGUUUCUCUCCUACCGUUCCUGACUCUGAUCGUCGGCGCGGUGUUCGUCGUGUUGAUCCGCCGGUCCAGCUCGGAGGACGGCAUCUCGCAUCCGUCGACAUCGUCGCCGGUGUCCUCCAACCCGGCCGGAUUUCUCAGUACCGUUUGCGCGGUGACUCAGCACCCGGACAGUUGCUUUGAUUCCAUGUCUCCGUUCGCGGAAGCAACGCCCAAACCCGACCCGGAAUACUUCCUCAACGUCUCCCUCCGGGUUUCCGUUACCGAUCUGGUCAACUUGACCUCGCUUCCCAAUUCCCUGAUCUCGAAGGUCAACGACCAUGGCGCCCAAUCGGCCCUGCAGGACUGCGACGGCCUUUUCGCCGACGCGCUGAGUCAGCUCAACGAGUCGGCCGCGCUGAUGAAUGCGGGCCCAGAUGGAAGGGUCGUCCUGACGCCGGCGAAGAUAAGGAGCAUGCACACGUGGACAAGCGCGGCGAUGACAGAUGUUGACACGUGUCUGAAUGGGUUGGAUGAGAUGAAAUCGACGGUGUUAAGUGAGGUCAAUGCGAGGGUGCAGAGAACGAACGAGUACAUGAGCAACACCUUAGCUAUUCUCAAUAAUGUACAGAGCCUUCACGAGAAGUUUGAUGGGCCGAUGCAUUGAAUUGAAUGAGGGAUUGUUGUUUAUUCCAUGGCACUGACCAACCUUUCCUAUUGUACUUGUUCAAAUUUGUUCUGCCUUUGUAAAUUCAUUUCUAUGCACAUUUGGUUUCUGGGAAUGCAAUGUGUUUGUUCAAUCGUGUAAGAACGUCAAUGUCCACCAGAAUGUCAUGAUGAUCUUCAUAAGAAAAUGGUUAUCAGUCAUAAGAAAGUCCAUGUACCAAUGUGAGAGUGGUAAAGUUUAGCUUCUUUUGACUCACUUU